AUGGAAGAAGCUGGAUGGAUCUCAAUUAAGGGAUGCUUUGUAACGAUGUUCUGCAAUAUUUUAGUAGGUAAAUUUAGUGAGGCACCUUACCUUUUGAGUAGAGUAAAAGAAGACUUUAUAGAUCAAAUUUUGAUUAUUGCUGUACCGGAUUUGCCAACAGUAGCAGUUGUUAGAGUUUGCCAAAGUUUGGUUGCAUGUAAAGAUAAGAAAAAUGGCGAAUCGAUUACUCUAGAGUAG